ACGACGACGCGAGAGAAGAAAUGUCCCACCCAGGACCCCUCUCCAGGAACCUCUCUUGGAGCACCUUCCUGCGGGAGCAUGGCCCAGAAGUGCUGGAGGUUCCGGGCAUGACUGACCUCAUGGAGUACUAUGAUCCGGGGCCCUCCCCUAACAGCACCAACCCCGACGAUGUGGCCAUGCGGCUGGCCUUCAUCGGGGACGAGAUGGAAGUGAGAUGGAUGCUCCCCCGCAUUGGCGAGCUGCCCGGGAUGGCCAUGUACAGCUUGGCUUUUACCUACAACCAGACAGGCCUGAGAGGUGUUCUUAGAAGUUUCAUGGAUGGUCUCAGUAACCUCAGGGAGAGCAUACGCAUCUGGAGCUUCCUGACCUUCCGGAACAGGGAGUGCCUUCCUCUGGUGGACGUGCCCGCUCCGCCCUCCUCUGCCCAGCAGGUGCCCCCCAACCCAGGGCGCGGGCUGGUGCUGUCCCUGCUGCUGCUGCUGGUGCUGCUGCUAGGCUGGGGGCCCCAGCUCCAGUGA